UAUGGUUGUAGUAUUAGUCACACGUUUUACCAGAGAGGUCUAUGUAGAGCGGCUGUGGUUUUACUUUGAAGUGGAGAUUUAUUUUGAUAUACAAGAUGACCACGUUUUGGUCCUUCGUCACUUCCUUCCUUACACUCAAGGAAAGAAAUCAAAACAAACACAACCGAAAAGUGUUGGAACACGUGUAGACUACAUUUCCAUUGUUUGUGGUACAGAAAGCGCAUUUAAAGGCCCGUCGCUUUACAGUCAUAUUUCUUCAGACGACAAAAAACCCUGACUGCUUUUUUGGAUACGUCGAAAAAGUGGAGUUUCAAGGUCUGUAGAACACUACUAAGAUGCCCUCUGCAGAAGUCAACUGUCCACUCCAGCUGAUGAGGAGCAUCAAAGAAGAGACGGAGGAGUUCAGAUUAGCUGAUUCUCCUGAACAACUGAACAUAAAAGAAGAGAGAGAAGAAUUCCCUGGUUCUCCAGAACAGCUGAACGUAAAGGAAGAGAGAGAAGAGUUUCCUGGUUCUUCAGAACAGCUGAACAUAAAAGAAGAGACAGAGCAGUUCCACGCUUCUCCACCUCAGCUGAGGAGCGUAAAAGAGGACAGCGAGGAGACCCUGCGUUCUCUGUACAGUCUGAGGAGCGUAUCUGUAGUGCUGGUGGACUGCUGUAGACCACAAGGACGGCAGGAGAACGAUGAAGAGAAUCACAGAGAUGCCGAGCCAAGGAAGAGAUCUGGGCACCUGCUACUCUGCAGUUCCAGCGGAGCGGAGUUUAGUGGAAAAACACAUUCUGCUGCCUUCACUACAGAGAGGCCGUACCCUUGCAGCCAGUGUGACAAGAGCUUUAGGACAAAACAAAAUCUCCGAAACCACCACCGUGUUCACACAGGGGAGAAACCAUUUUCAUGCUUAGACUGUGAAAAGACUUUCUCAACGGCUACUACCCUCCGGCUGCAUCGCCGCAUUCACACAGGAGAGAAGCCGUACGCUUGCAGUCAGUGUGACAAGAGCUUUAAGAGAAAAGAUGAGCUUCAAACGCACCAGCAUGUUCACACAGGGGAGAAACCAUUUUCAUGCACUGACUGUGGAAAAAGUUUCUCACAGUCCUCUCUCCUCCACAAACAUCGUCGCAUUCACACUGGAGAGAAGCAGCAUCCUUGCAAUCAGUGCGAGAAAAGCUUUUGGACAAAACAAAAACUCCAAAACCACCACCGUGUUCACACAGGGGAGAAACCAUUUUCAUGCUUAGACUGUGGAAAGACUUUCUCACAGUCUUCUCACCUCCAAACACAUCGUCGCAUUCAUACUGGAGUGAGACCGUACGCUUGCAGUCAGUGUGACAAGAGCUUUAAGAGAAAAGAUAAGCUCCAAAUCCAUCAGCAUGUUCACACAGGGGAGAAACCAUUUUCAUGCACUGACUGUGGAAAGAGUUUCUCACAGUCUUCUCACCUCCACACACAUCGUCGCAUUCACACUGGAGUGAGACCGUACGCUUGCAGUCAGUGUGACAAGAGCUUUAAGAGAAAAGAACAUCUCCAGAAUCACCAGCCUGUUCACACAGGGGAGAAACCAUUUUCAUGCACUGACUGUGGAAAGAGUUUCACACAUUCCUCUGCCCUCCACACACAUAAUCGUAUUCAUACUGGAGAGAGGCCGCAUUCUUGCAAUCAGUGUGAAAAGAGCUUUAGGACAAAACAAAAUCUCCGAAACCACCACCGUGUUCACACAGGGGAGAAAACAUUUUCAUGCUUAGACUGUGAAAAGACUUUCUCAACGGCUACUACCCUCCAGCUGCAUCGCCGCAUUCACACAGGAGAGAAGCCGUACGCUUGCAGCCAGUGUGACAAGAGCUUUAAUAGAAAAGAUGAGCUCCAAAUCCACCAGCAUGUUCACACAGGGGAGAAACCAUUUUCAUGCACUGACUGUGGAAAGAGUUUCUCACAGUCUUCUCACCUCCACACACAUCGACGCUUUCACACGGGAGAGAAGCCGUUCGCUUGCAGCCAGUGUGACAAGAGCUUUAAGAGAAAAGAACAUCUCCAGAAUCACCAGCACUUUCACACAGGGGAGAGACCAUUUUCAUGCACUGACUGUGGAAAGAGUUUCUUGCGGUCUUCUACCCUCAACACACAUCGCCUUAUUCACACUGGAGAGAGGCUGUACUCUUGCAGUCAGUGUGACAAGAGCUUUAAGUUAAAACAACAGCUCCAAAUGCACCAACGUGUUCACACAGGAGAGAAGCCGUAUGCUUGCAGUCAGUGUGGCAAGAGCUUCUCUCAGUCUGCUCACCUUAAGACACAUCGACGCAUUCACACUGGAGAGAGGCCGUAUGCUUGUAGUCAGUGUGACAAGAGCUUCUCUCAGUCUGCUCACCUUAAGACACACUUGUCGUCACACUUGAGAGAGUAAAUGAGUCGCUGUUACACUUGAGUGAGGCCGUACACUUGCAGCCAAUGUGACAAGAGCUUUAAGACUAAGAAUCUCCUCAUAUUUCACCAGCACAUUGACACAGUAGAGAAACCCUUCUCAUGUGCUGACUGUGGAGAAAGCUUUAGGAGGAAAGCAGACCUUAAUAUCCACCAGAGGCUUCACACAGGAGACACACACGUGGGGGAAACCUCUACUCAUACAAAGACAGCAGGAAAUGUUUUAGGAGUGUAAAUGACCACUUCCCACCACUCACUGUAUUUCCCAAACCAAUGAGGGAAUGAGAUGGGUAAUUCUGGUCAGUAUUAACCCAUUGGCGCCUAAGCCAGUUCUUAGAAAAGGUCCCGAGAGGGUUUACUGAGAUUAGAACAAUUGGUUGAAAACUCCUAUGAAAAUUUCAAUAUCUCAGCCUCUGGAACACAUAGGGACAUGGGAUGAAUUGCAUUUAAAAGGUAAAAUCCUCUGCUUCCACAGGAUUAUGCUCAUUCAGCAUUAACACUAAUACAUUUUCCUUAAAGAAAUCAUAUCUCAUAAUCAAAUGAUUGAAAAAAGUUUGAUGUGCUUUCAGGAUGAUGCUUGAUGCUAUUUAUUAUAGGCUAUUACUAUUGCUACUGUUACAAUAGCCAACUAUAACUAAAUCAUAAUAAUCAUUAUUAUAAAUAUAAGGCAGUCACUUCUGCCAUAAGUCAGGAGACAUUUGUCUGAUACAGACACUUGCUCUCCCACCGGCGAGUAUGGCCGUUUCAUUCCUCCAAACGUUAUGCAGAGACCGAUGAGUUAUUUCAUAUCGUAUUUUGAGACGGGGCUCCACUUUGAGCUGGAUGUGUGGCCGCGCGUCUAUAAUCCGCAUGUCUACCGUUGUCUGCCUCACCAAUAGGCUAUCAGCAUAUCCGCAACUUCCUCAGUGAAAAUAUUCUGAAAUAUACGUAUCUAAAAGACGUGCUUCCUCAGAUAUUGGCACCUUCGCCAAUCGCCCAGAGUGUCGGAGUGAACUUUUAGUAACGUUGGUGGCGAAAUCUAGCUGACUGCCAGACUAUUUGGAAGCCACUCGUCGACCUCUUCAUACGGCCGCAGCAAAUCACGCUCCUGCUCUCUAUCUAAAGAGUCUUCAAUCAUAUUUCCUUUCCUCGAUUAAAAUCUCUUCAUUACCUUUCAGCCGAACAUCACAUUCGCUGUAAAAGCGUGUCUCUUUUCUUACCUGUGUGAAAUGGCUAAACGGAUGUGUGCAGAAGGGAGCAUGGUUGAUUUCGUUUGACAUUAUUGUCGACGAAUCAAACAUUUUUUUUUUUUAAUCGAGAACACCCACCUCUUGUGUAUUUGAACAAAACAUUGUGCAUUGCAUCUCCCAUGCGUCUUGUAAAUAUUGACAAACGGAAUGACACAUGAGACAAUGGAAUGGUGGAAUGGAGAAUGAAUGGUAAAUGACCAUUUAGUUUAAUUCAACCAUUACAGUUAAUUAUUACAAUUAACACAAUGCUACACUGUAAGUGAUAGUUUAUAUAGAUAUUUACGAAAGUUUCAGAAGAGGUAGCCUAGUAAAACAGCGCCACCCACUGGACGGCAAAAAUGCUUUGCCUGCAAGUGGGUCUGGCCUCGGAUCAGUCGAACAUUUUGAACACAUUGCCCUGAAUCUGGCAAACCAAUCACAACGCAGAGAUUUGUUUUGAAUAAAAGCGGGCAGAGUUUUGAGGGAGUGACGAUGAAGCUUGCAACGCUGGGAAAGCACAUCCACGAGAAAGAUAUCACUGAUUGGUCAGAGCGUUGGCCUAUAGGCACAGGUACGGUUUGAAAGACAACGCGUUGUUCUCAUCAACAGUCUGCGGAUGUACUAUUCAUCGGGGCCAGACUAAAUUACACAUCCAAUCUCACAUUUAGGCUGGUUUAUCAGGCUACAGAAGAGGCAUUUUCCCAAGAGGCACAAUUACAUCAUGACAUCCCCUUUGUCAUGGGGGAGGUUACACAUGUCAAUCAUCCCAAGGCUGUUCAUGUACUUUUCCCCCCACUUAUCUUUUGUUUGGCUUACUUUGUAAUUUGUUUCUUUGUCUUUGUUUUUGUUUGUUUUUGGAGUGCAGCCUUUGUCAUUGGCACCCUUGGGUGAUUGCAGUCACCACCCCCCUACGCACCUAUCAGGUGCUUCUGAAAGUUUUUUUUAAGCACCACCUACCCAGGUUUGCCAUAUUGACUCUGAAGAAGACGUGUGAACGUCGAAACGUUAGUCUUGGCGCUUGCCUAAUAAAACGAGUUGAUUUUCACAUCUGAAGAUGCUCCGGUGAUUCCUUUCUUCCCCUGCAUUUACU